AUGCAACAACCUGAGCCUAUAAUGAAUAAUGUCUUCCUAGUGGAUAUCUGCAUUGACAAAAUAUAUGCAAAUGAUUCUUCUCCAUUGGAUAUUGCAAAAUUAGGAAUAAAAUAUUUCAUACAGCAAUAUGCAAAUUGUGGUAAAAAUAUUGGCUUUAAAUGUAUCUUGGCUACUUCAAAUAAAAGACAGUGCUGUUUAAAGACUGAAUUUCAUGACUCAAUACACACAUUCUUAGAACAACUUGAAUUAUUGGGUCCUACAGAUCCUGCUUAUUAUGGUUCAGGUCUUAACAUUGUUUUUGAACUACUUAGCCUGCGUAGAAUUGUUCGUAAUAUGGAUUCACCCUAUAGGGGUAACUAUGUUGAACAUAAUGAAACAACAAAUAUAUUUUGGUUUACUGAUGGUAAAAAUAUGAGUUGGUUAAAUAAAGAUCUUACAUAUCAGGGUUCCGAAUCUCAAUCACCUAGUGCAACAAUUUACAAAACAAAAUUUCGUUGGGAUCAAAAACUUUAUAUAUUCUUAAUUACACAAUUUCAAAAUCCACAAAAUCCAAUUACAGAAAUACCACCACCAAGUUUGGAUUGGAUUAAUAUGGUUAUGCGACAAAUGUUACACGCUAUAAGAAGUAUACUAGGUAUCGAAAAAGAGCCAUAUAAACUUUCAAAAAAUCCAUGUCAAUAUUCAAUAUUUCAAACAUGCGGAGUACAUUUAAUUUUUUCAGAAGCUCAAAUAGGAAAUAGUUCAUCAUCUCAACGUAUGAAUCAUUUUGUGCAGUUAUAUGUUGACCCUGCAAGACAAUCAGGAUUUUACCCAAUACCUGAAAAUUUUUGGUUCGAUUCUGAAGUAUUAAAAACACACCCCAUCAACAAUAAUUUGGUUAAAAGAUCUUCAAUACCAACAUUAACAUUUAUUAGAGAUAAUCAAUUUGCCUCAAAGUUGAACGAAUUACCAUCAUUCAUACCACGUGACAUAUAUGUUGUGUCUGAUUGCCAAAUAACAAGAGAUUUAAAAGUUCAACCACAAGGAAUCAAGUGGCCUGUAUAUGUUGAAAAUAGCAGUAAAUAUGAACGCCUUGGUUAUCCAUUUGGUUAUCUUAUUGCCACACAAAAGGAUGAAUUUAGUUUGGAUGGGUUGAGACAAAUUUUUCAAAACUGUAAAUUGGAUAUUACAGCGUUUUCCUAUAGACGUCCAUUCACUGAUGGGCUUGACAUAUAUCUUAGACAAAUCACACAAACUGCUGUUGUUAAAUUUGACCAGAUAAAAGAAGAAGUAUCAGCAAAUCGCUUGAAUAUAUUUAAACCAAUACCAAUGGUUGAAAAAUCAUGUUUAUAUCAGAAAGUUGGUCAUUCUUCUCUUGCAAAAUUGACUACAAUUGCUAGAGCAGAAUUUUUGAAUCUUUUAGAAACACAAUCUGAAGCUGAUCCUGUUCACACAUUAGGUACUGGUGAUAUGGGAAAUUACAGGGAUGUUAUUGUUAAAAGGAAACAAUCUCUAUUAAGAGAUUUAUAUUAUGACUUUGAUCCAAAUGAUAAAAAAAAGAAAGAUAAACGUGCAUUUGGUAGUCCAUUUAAAAAUCCUGACCAGAAAACUCCAAAUGAAAGAACUUUAAAUAAGUUGCCAAUUGAUUUAAGAAAUCGAAUAUUAAAUUAUCACAAAGAAGUUGUUUUUGAAGGAUCACAUGGAAUUUUACCAUUCAAAAUUACCACCAAGCCUCUAACAACAAUGCCAAUUGAAAGAUCAUCAAAAUCUAGGUCUACAAAAUUACCAAAAAAUCCAUUUGAAACAGAAAUUUCACAAAAGAUUACCUCCAGCACCAUAAAUAAGAACCGCAGUUCUAGGACUGUAGUUCAGAUUGAGUCACCUAAUUCAAAAAUCAUCACUGGGAUGAACCUUAUGGGGUCCAAUUGUGAUAGUGAUAGGGCCCCUGAAUAUGCUCUUGAAAAUUUCCUCCAAGUACACAGUGAAACUCGAUACAGCGUAGACUUUGGUGCAACAAUUAAAAUUCAAAAAAAAUUUUUACCUGGAGCAAUAAUUGCAUCUCUUGUUGAAGAAAUUGAGGAAGUUGAAGAAGCAUCA